AUCUGAUAAGUGCAGUUGGUUUUGGUUUUGGCUAGGAUCAGUUUUGAAAAUGGUGCCCUUGACAUUUUUCCCAAUUGUUGGUGGAUUUUACGCCUGCUUACACAUUUUUGGAGUUCUAACCGGCAUUUGGCAGCUCGUUGCCGAUUUAGUUGAAGAACCCACCACGCUAGAUGUAGUGUUUACAGUUGAAAGUAUCGUGUCAUUCAUUGCUCACGUGUUUUUGAUCGUUGGAAUUUUGAAGGAAAACGUCAGACAUGUCAAAGCAUUCCGAGUUUAUUUCCUGGUGUUUGUCGCUCAACUCUCGGUGCUGAUCGUUAUCGCUGUUUUACUCAUUCCCAACCAGCAGGACUAUUUUUGGCUUGAGAUAGCUUUGUUUAAUAUGGUGAUCUUUGGUCUCCCUAUCGUCUUUUUGAUCAAUUGGAUUUUAAAUGGUAUUGUACGAUACGUGGAGCACGAGACCGCAUCGCGAAUCGAUUUAGAAUCCAGCUGUGAAAAGCAAAUUUUGCUUUAAUUGUGUUAUUUUAUUUUUUUUAAUUUUACUGCUAUUUGCUACAGGUGUGAAAUUAAAUCUGAAUAUAAUAACGGGUAUUACGAAUACAAAUUUUGCAUUGCAAAACUUUUCCUCAACUUUAUCAGUGGAAAUAAUUUCCAAGAAGCUCUCUGCAAUCCUAGAAAACAUCAUAGUACAUUACAGAUCUAUGUCAUAACUUUUUGAGAAAAUUAACUUAUGAAUAACACAUUUUUACUUAAAAAUUGUUUAUUAAAUCAUGAAUAGAAAACUA